CUUGUCAACUGACGCAGCACUAUGCUGUCUGUGCACCUAAAUCUUGUGUGUACUGGCUUCAUCCUACUCCUGAAGACUUUGAUACAAGCAGGAAUUAAUGUCAAACCUUCCCUGUCUGCCUGGCCAAGCAAUGUUGUUCCUCAGGGACAGAAUGUGACCCUCACUUGUGACACUUACAACAAGUUUAACAUAGUCAUGCUGUACAAAGAGCAUGGGGAUCCUAACUUUCAGGUCCAUAAAAAAAUGUUCCGGAGGAGUCUUCUCUUGGGGCCUGUGACACCAGCAUUUGGAGGAACAUACAGAUGCUUUAGUUAUAAACCUCAAUACCAUCUUGAACUCCAAUCACACAGUGAGCCUCUGAAGAUCAUAAUUUCAGGAAUCUACAGGAAGCCUUUCCUCCUGGCCCUAACAACUCCUCUGGUAAAAUUAGGAGAGAAGGCAACAUUGAAGUGCCUAUCAGAGAUUAUGUUUGACACAUUCACUUUGACUGCAUGUAGUAUGGGAAUAAGCAAGGACUCUUACCAGCUCUCUGCAGAACCUCAUAUUGGGGGGUCCCAUGCCAACUUCCCAAUAGGUCCUGUGACACCUGACCAUGCUGGGACUUACACAUGCUAUGGAUCUUACAAGCAAACACCAUACGAGUGGUCUGAAUCCAGUGACCCUGUUGACAUAAAGAUCACAGGUUUAUACAAGAAACCUUCUCUGUCUGCCCUGAUGGGACCUGAGGUGACAUCAGUAGAGAACAUGACCUUGUCCUGCAUCUCUGACCAUCAGUUUGACUUGUUCCAUCUGUCCAGGGAAGGGGUGCCUCUGAGACAUGGGUGGCCUGCAGAGCAGAGUCACAAUGGGACAUUCAAGGCCAACUUCCUUCAUGUUCCUUUGAUCCAGGCAGAGACCUAUAGAUGCUAUGGUUCUUUCAGGAACUCUUCCCAUGUGUGGUCAUCCCCAAGUGACCCAUUGUUCCUUUCUGUCACAGUAAACUCAUCAAGAAAUUUCACUUCAUCCACUGAACCAGACUCCAAAACUAAUAACCACAGGAUCAUGAAUAUUCUGAUCGGGCUGUCAGUUAUCAUGAUGUCUGUUUUCCUUAUCAUCCUCCUGUAUUCUUGUUGCUCGGCCAAAAAGAGUAAAUCUCAGGAACAAGCCCGUAAGUGUCAUCUGAGUAUUGUGAGAAACCAAGACUGGAAAAAUACAGCUACCAUGGACCAAGAGUGUGAAUCGAGAACAACACUGAGCAGACAGGACCCUGAAAGACAAGAAGUGCAGGAGGUGGCAUACUUGGAAUUUGAUCAGUUGAUCUUCAAGCAGAAAUUACCCACUCCCAUUUCCCAGACUCCAAAGGAAUUUUCCACAGAUCCCAGUGUGUACGUGGAAGUCAGGAAAUGUUAAGCCGAGAUGAAAUAUAUUCUUUGCCUCAUGAGUUCUCAAGGAAACCUCUGAUCUUAGCCAUUCUGAUCAGUGAAAGAUGAUAUCUCCGAGUCGUUUUGAUUUGCAUUUCCCUGAUAACUAAAGAUGUUGAGCAACCUUUAAAUGUCUUUCAGCCAUUUCAGCUUUCUCUGUUGAGAAUUUUUUAAUUGGAUUAUUUGGGAUUUUGAUAUCUAGUUUCUUCAGUUCUUCAUAUAUUUUGGAGAUCAUCUCUCUGUCAGAUGUGGGAUUUAUGAAGAUCUUUCCCCAUUCAGUAGGCUGCCAUUUUUGUACUGUUGUCUGUGUCCUAUGCCUUACAGAAGCUUCUUAGUCUUAGAAGGCCCCAUUUAUUAGUUGUUGUUCUCAGUAUCUGUGCUACUGGUGCUAUAUUUAGUAAGUGGUCUCCUGUGCCAAUGUGUUCAAGGCUACUUCUCACUUUCCUUUCUAUGAGGUUCAUUAUAGCUGGAUUUACAUUGUGGCCUUUGAUCCAUUUGUCCUUGAGUUUUAUGCAUGGGUGUAGACAUGUAUC